UAUUUUUGUAGUCACAUCAAUGACAUGGAACUGGAGAAUGAUACACAAAUUUUGGGAUUUCUUCUUCUGGGAUUUCCAGAGGGACCAGAAUUGCAACCCUUCCUCUUUGUGCUGUUCCUGUCCAUGUACCUGGUAACCAUACUUGGGAAUCUGCUCAUCCUCUUGGCUGUCAGCUCAGAUUCCCAUCUCCAUAUGCCCAUGUACUUCUUCCUUGCCAACCUGUCCUUUGUAGACAUCUGUUUCACCUCCACCACCAUUCCCAAGAUGUUGGUGAAUAUAGAAACACAGAAAAAAGUCAUACCUUAUGGCAGCUGCAUCAUGCAGAUGUUCUUUUUUAUACUUUUUGCAACUUUGGACAACUUCCUCUUGACUGUGAUGGCUUAUGAUCGCUUUGUGGCCAUCUGCCACCCCCUACACUACAUGGCAACAAUGAGCCCUCAGCUCUGUGGACUGCUGGUUCUGGUAUCCUGGAUCAUGAGUGUCCUGCAUUCUUUGUUACAAACCUUAAUGGUGUUGCAGCUAUCCUUCUGUACAGAGGUGGAAAUCCCCCACUUUUUCUGUGAACUCAAUCAGAUGAUCCAACUUGCAUGUUCUGACACCUUUCUCAAUAACAUGGUGAUGUAUUCUGCAGCUGUCCUCCUGGCUGGUGUUCCCCUAGCCGGGGUCCUUUACUCUUAUUCUAAGAUAGUUUCCUCCAUAUGUGGGAUUUCAUCAUCUCAGGGUAAGCAUAAAGCAUUUUCCACAUGUGCUUCACAUCUCUUGGUUGUCUCCUUAUUUUAUUGUACUAGCCUAGGAGUGUACCUUAGCUCUGCUGCUACCCAGAGCUCCCACUCAAGUGCAGUAGCCUCGGUGAUGUACACGAUGGUCACACCUAUGCUGAAUCCCUUCAUCUAUAGUUUGAGGAACAGAGAUAUAAAGGAGGCUCUAAAUGUAUUUUUCAGAGCAUCCAUAAAGAGGCCAUUUUUCAACAAGUACCUGUGCUUGCAGGCUUAG